CUGGGAAUCGAACUCAGGUUGUCAGUCUUGCACAGGAAGCCCUUUUUGAUCCACUGAGACAGCUCUUUUACGACGAGGAACUUGUCCAUGUACAUAAAAGGAGCUAACUGUUGGGCACAGACGUACAGGAAACAGACGUACAGGAAAAGGACAGGAGAGAGAGCGGAGACUUAAGGGCCACCGUACCGCGUUUCCUCGGUGAAUGAGAAGAUACCUGAGAUAGAGACAAAGGAGUGUUGAAAAUGUUGAAGGCUGUGCUGAAGAAGAGCCGAGAGGGAGGAAAGGGAAGCAAGAAGGAAGCAGGAGGUGACUUUGGCUUCGAGACGCCUGCCUUGUCCUCCACUGGUGACUCUCCUGUGAACAGUUUGUCCACAACAGAGGACACAUACCGUGUGAGCUUGGCCAAAGGGGUCUCUAUGUCUCUUCCUUCAUCGCCUUUGCUGCCUCGACAAUCUCACCUGACACAGUCAAGGUCGAACAAAAAAUCUCCAGGUCCUGUCAGGAAGCCCAAGUAUGUGGAAAGCCCCAGGGUGCCAGGAGAUCCAGUUUUGAUCCCGUUCAGAGAAGGCUCCAAGCCCUCAGAGCCCAGUGAGACUGAAGCAAAGGCCGAUAAUGAACCGAGCUGUUCUCCAGCAGCUCAAGAACUGUUGACAAGGCUGGGAUUUUUACUGGGAGAAGGGAUCCCAAGCGCCACACACAUAACCAUUGAAGACAAAAAUGAAGCCAUGUGCACAGCCCUGAGUCAAGGCAUCAGCCCUUGUUCCACGCUGACAAGCAGCACCGCCUCUCCUAGCACCGAUAGCCCCUGCUCAACCUUGAAUAGCUGUGUCAGCAAGACGGCAGCCAACAAAAGUCCCUGUGAGACCAUUAGCAGCCCCAGUUCCACCCUGGAAAGCAAGGACAGUGGAAUUAUAGCCACAAUCACAAGUUCAUCAGAAAAUGACGACCGGAGUGGCUCCAGUCUGGAAUGGAACCGAGACGGGAGCCUAAGGUUAGGGGUUCAGAAGGGAGUGCUUCACGACCGAAGGGCAGAUAACUGUUCCCCAGUGGCAGAAGAGGAGACUACUGGGUCUGCGGAGAGCGUGCUGCCCAAGGCGGAACCCUCGGCUGGAGAUGGUCCGGUCCCUUAUUCUCAGAGCUCCAGCUCGCUAAUAAUGCCACGGCCCAACUCAGUCGCAGCGACAAGUUCUACCAAAUUGGAAGACUUGAGUUAUUUAGAUGGACAGAGAAAUGCUCCUCUCCGGACGUCAAUUCGAUUGCCCUGGCACAAUACAGCUGGAGCACGAUUUGCUCCCUACAAACCACAGGAGAUUUUGUUGAAGCCCUUGCUCUUUGAAGUGCCGAGCAUCACGACUGACUCUGUGUUUGUGGGAAGAGAUUGGCUCUUUCACCAGAUAGAAGAAAACUUGAGGAACACAGAACUGGCAGAGAACAGAGGAGCAGUGGUCGUGGGAAAUGUGGGAUUUGGGAAGACAGCCAUCAUUUCCAAGCUGGUGGCGCUGAGCUGUCAUGGAAGCCGCAUGAGACAGAUCGCGUCCAGCAGCCCCAGUUUGUCACCCAAAACCUCAGAUCCCACCAAGGACCUUGCUGGUACUCCGUUACUUUCACCAAGUUCCUCCACAAGCGCUCUCAGUGUGGCCCGAACACCUGCUGGGCCCGGUACUGCUGACAGCCAGAGACCAAGAGAGGAUGCGGUGAAAAACCUCGCUUCUAAGGUGGUGGCCUACCAUUACUGCCAGGCUGACAACACUUACACGUGUCUGGUACCUGAGUUUGUGCACAGCAUUGCAGCUCUGCUGUGCCGGUCCCACCAGCUGGCUGCCUACAGAGACCUUCUGAUCAAGGAGCCCCAGCUGCAGAGCAUGCUGAGCCUCCGCUCCUGUGUGCAGGAUCCCGUGGCUGCUUUCAAGAGGGGCGUCCUGGAGCCACUUACAAGCCUAAGAAACGAGCAGAAAAUUCCAGAAGAGGAAUACAUCAUCUUGAUAGACGGCUUGAAUGAAGCUGAAUUUCAUAAGCCUGAUUACGGAGAUACGCUGUCUUCAUUUAUUACCAAAAUUAUUCCUAAAUUCCCCACCUGGCUGAAGUUGAUCGUGACUGUGAGAGCAAAUUUUCAGGAAAUCAUCAGUGCGCUGCCAUUUGUCAAGCUUUCCUUAGACGACUUUCCAGACAACAAGGACAUUCACAGUGACCUGCAUGCAUACGUCCAGCACAGGGUCCACAGCAGCCAGGACAUCCUCAGCAACAUCUCCCUGAAUGGCAAGGCCGACGCUGCCCUCAUCGGCAAAGUCAGCAGCCAUCUGGUCCUGCGGAGCCUCGGUUCCUACCUGUACCUCAAGCUCACACUGGACCUCUUCCAGCGGGGCCACCUGGUCAUAAAGAGUGCCAGCUACAAGGUGGUGCCCGUGUCUCUGUCCGAGCUCUAUCUGCUGCAAUGCAACAUGAAGUUCAUGACCCAGUCUGCCUUUGACCGGGCCCUUCCCAUUUUGAACGUGGCCCUCGCAUCCCUCCACCCCAUGACAGAUGAGCAGAUAUUUCAGGCUAUCAAUGCCGGCCACAUCCAAGGGGAGCAGGGCUGGGAGGACUUCCAGCAGAGGAUGGAGGCCCUCUCUUGCUUCCUCAUUAAGAGGAGAGACAAAACCCGCAUGUUCUGCCACCCGUCCUUCAGAGAGUGGCUGGUGUGGAGAGCGGAUGGCGAAAGCACAGCCUUCCUGUGUGAGCCCAGGAACGGACACGCUCUACUGGCGUUCAUGUUCUCUCGACAGGAAAGCAAGCUGAACCGCCAGCAGACCAUGGAGCUUGGCCACCACAUCCUGAAGGCACACAUUUUCAAGGGCCUCAGUAAGAAGACUGGAGUCUCCUCAAGCCAUCUGCAGGCCCUGUGGAUCGGUUACAGCACAGAGGGGCUGUCUGCUGCCCUGGCCUCUCUCAGGAAUCUCUAUACUCCCAACGUGAAGGUGAGCCGGCUCCUGAUUUUGGGAGGGGCCAACGUGAACUACAGAACGGAAGUGUUAAACAACGCCCCCAUCCUGUGCGUCCAAUCUCACCUUGGCCAUGAGGAAGUUGUCACUCUCCUUCUGGAGUUUGGUGCCUGCCUGGAUGGGAUGUCAGAGAAUGGUAUGAACGCGCUGUGCUAUGCAGCUGCUGCCGGCCACAUGAAGCUGGUGUGUCUGCUGACCAAGAAGGGGGCAAGGGUGGACCAUUUGGAUAAGAAGGGCCAGUGUGCACUCGUCCACAGUGCCCUGAGGGGCCACAGUGACAUCCUCCAGUACCUACUGAAUUGUGAGUGGUCGGCAGGCCCUCCCCAGCCUGGCACCCUGAGGAAGAGCCAAGCCCUGCAGCAGGCACUGACAGCAGCCGCCAGCAUGGGACACAGCUCGGUAGUCCAGUCCUUGCUGGGAAUGGCAGAGGAACAUGAAAUCGAAGUCAACGGCACCGACACGUUGUGGGGAGAAACAGCACUGACUGCUGCUGCUGGGAGAGGAAAGCUGGACAUCUGCGAGCUGCUGCUGGAGCAUGGAGCUGCCGUGUCUCGGCCCAACAGGAGAGGGGUUCCCCCUCUGUUUUGUGCAGCCCGCCAGGGGCAUUGGCAGGUUGUCCGAUUGCUUUUGGAUCGUGGCUGCGACGUGAAUCUAAGUGACAAGCAGGGUCGAACACCUCUCAUGGUGGCUGCCUGUGAAGGACACCUGAGCACUGUGGAAUUUCUCCUCUCUAAAGGUGCUGCUCUUUCUUCCCUGGACAAAGAGGGCCUGUCGGCAUUGAGCUGGGCUUGUCUGAAGGGUCACAGGGCAGUGGUCCAGUACCUGGUGGAAGAAGGAGCAGAGGUCGACCAGACAGACAAAAACGGCCGGACUGCCUUGGACCUGGCCGCCUUCUAUGGUGAUGCAGAGACUGUGCUAUAUCUGGUGGAGAAGGGAGCCGUGAUAGAACAUGUGGACCACAGUGGGAUGCGCCCCCUGGACAGAGCCAUCGGUUGUCGAAACACCGCUGUAGUGGUUACUCUGCUAAAAAAAGGAGCCAAACUAGGAAAUGCCGCUUGGGCGAUGGCCACUUCCAAACCUGAUAUUCUGAUUAUACUUUUACAGAAAUUGGUGGAGGAAGGAAAUGUAAUGUACAAGAAAGGGAAAAUGAAGGAGGCAGCCCAGAGGUACCAGUAUGCCUUACGGAAGUUCCCCCGGGAAGGACUCGGAGAAGACAUGAGGCCGUUCAAUGAACUGAGAGUCUCUCUCUAUCUCAAUCUGUCACGGUGCCGAAGGAAAACAAACGACUUUGGCUUGGCAGAAGAGUUUGCUUCAAAGGCUCUGGAGUUGAAACCCAAAUCCUAUGAAGCCUUUUAUGCCCGGGCAAGAGCAAAAAGGAACAGCAGGCAGUUCCUGGCAGCUCUGGCUGACCUGCAGGAGGCUGUGAAACUCUGCCCCACCAAUCAGGAAAUCAAGAGGCUUUUGGCCCGUGUGGAAGAAGAGUGCAAGCAACUCCAGAGGAACCAACAGCAAAAACAGCAGGGUCCCCCUCCAGCUCCAUCCAAUGACUCGGAUAAUGAAGAGGAGGCACCAGCCUCUAGUUUAAAGGACCACUUCCCCAUCGAGGAGGCAGAAGAGGAGGAAACCUCUUCACAGGAAGAGUCCAUUUCCCCGACUCCCAGAUCCCAGCCACCACCAUCUGUCCCUUCCCCAUAUAUCCGCAACCUUCAAGAGGGAUUACAGUCCAAAGGCAGGCCAGCGUCCCCACAGAGCAGGGCAGGGAUCAGCAAGUCCCUGAGAGAGACUGUAGCUCAGCCAGGCUUGGUUAUGCAGCCUACCAAACAGGCACAGAUAGUGAAGACCAACCAACAUCUGGGUUCGGGGCAAUCUAGCAUGAGAAACAGUAACACAAAAAUACAAGUCUCUUCCCAGAACCCGCCCCCAAGCCCCAUGCCGGGUAGAGUAUCUGCAGCCCCUGCCGCGAGCAGAAACCAGCAUUUAGAGGGAACUGGUCCCUUCGCUGCAGGAACUGGUUGUGGUCACUUCGGGGAUCGGCUGGGCCCUAGCCAGAGCCUCCAGCUGCAGCGCGGUGAGAGCGGCCCUGCGUACCCUCUACCGAGCAAAGUCAAGGCUGCCGAGAGGCUCCUGGCUCAUGCCUCUGUGGCCGUGGACAUGGCUCCUCCAAGCCAGGGUGGACCCGUGAGCUGCAGCGACGUGCGGCACCCGGCUUCCCUCACUAGCUCGGGCUCUUCGGGCUCUCCAUCCAGCAGCGUAAAGAUGUCAAGUUCCACCAGUAGCUUGACUUCAAGCAGUAGCGUUUCAGAUGGAUUCAAGGUCCAAGGACCAGACUCUCGAAACAGAGACAAAGGUACAACAAGCCAGGUGCAGGGCGGCACUGCGGAACACAGGCCCCGCAACACUCCAUUCAUGGGCAUCAUGGACAAGACCGCCAGGUUCCAGCAGCAAAGCAAUCCUCCGAACCGCUCCUGGCACUGCCCGGUGGCAGAGGGGCUACUGACAAACGCUGCCACUGCAGCUGGCCUGCAGUCUAACUCGGAGAAACCCACUCUCAAGCCAGGAGGCUAUUGUAGCCAAGCCAAACCGUGUUCAGUGUCCCCCCUGAGCAUGGGCGUUCACAAUGGGGCUCAGGUGAAGGAGCUGGAAGAAAAUAAGUGCCAAAUUCCAGCCCUCUGUCAAGACAACAGGAUAACUAAGGGUGUUCCUCAUCUCUACCCAGAGGGCGUCUCUAAGCAGCCACUUCAUGUCAGUACGGAAGCCCACAGGAGCCACCUCACUUCAGCGAAACCAAAGCGAUCAUUCAUAGAGUCCAAUGUGUGAGCCUUAAGCAACCCCUGUGUAGAAUCUGGAGUGCAGUCUGUUGGCUCGUGGUAAUAAAUGAUGUCUCUUUUUUUUUUUUUUUUUCAUAAUAAAAAUUACAUGUUAGCCAUAUUUUCCACCUCUUAGGUGGAUCUGAUGCCAUUGACAUAUUAAAACUGUAGGAUAAAACUAUAGUAAGUAGCUAGAAAUCAGCCAUAAACAGAAAUACUAAACAGCAUUGAAAACUGUUGUCAGCUUCUAUCUGGUGAUUUAAAGGCUGCCAAGAAGACAUCAACCGAAGCCAUUCUCUUAGGAGAUCAUUUGGCUUGCUCUGUGUAAAAGCACACAUACUUAGAGAAGAAAACAAAAGUCCACUGGUAAAAGUUUUUAACUCCUGACAUAAUAUCUGGAAGUAUAUUCUGGAAAAGAUGGGGGGGGGCUUUUUUUUUUAAGUUACAGACCCCUUAAGUCAAACCUGUCCUUACAUAUGUGUAAAACAUGCAACCUGAGUGAUUUCUAGCUGGAUAUAAAUGUGGCUUUUCUCCUGUAAGCGAAAUACAAGCGCAUCCAAGUAUCGUCGCUAUCCUGGCAGGUCAAACAUGAUACGGUCGUUUGUAGAGUAUUUUUAUAGCCCUCUUUUUGGAGCUGUACUUCUGCUUCACAGUGUUGCUGAUAAGAGAGAACAGGCUAGCUAGAAUUUUGAUUGAUGUCCAGGUCUGAGUUGUGCAAAAGUACCAAGAAGAACACUCUUAGCGGUGACUACAAAUUAGCCCUAACAGGUUCCAAAAGUGUUCUGAACAGUGACAGUCCCCGAAAACAAGCCUGUAAUGUCCUCUAGGGACAGUGUUCAGAUAGGAUCCUUGAGCUCUGGGUGACGGUUUUGAUUUCCUUAUGCAGCCCGUUAUUUCCUAGUCACGGCGAGUUACAUAUAUAUAUAUAUGAAUAGUUAGCCCGUUUUAUUCAGGCUUGUAAAUAUAACUCAAAGGAAGUUAAUCUAAAGACAAACAACAGAACCCCGCCAUCUCUCUGCAUGUUCUUUGUAAGCUCCAUCCAUGCUGGUUACCGCACUGAACAAUCCGUUAUCACGGCUUGUAACCGUAUACCCGCAACGACACUUUAUCUCAUUUGUAUGGACACCUCUGAGGUGCUACUUAAAUCCAAGCUGACAUAUUUUUCAUCUGUAAAGAUAAGGUACAGGAAUGAAUCUUGGUUUAAGGUAUUUUUAUAUGAAAGUGGUGUUAUUGGAAGAUGUUCAAAUGCUGGUUUGAGAGAGGUGGGGGAGGAUUUUCUAUGCUGAGAUGUGAAAUGUAUUUUCUAGAAUCGGGGAGAAGGAAGUUCUAUAUUUUGCAGACUGUUUUAAACGUGAGCACCUGCGAUGCUUCUGUGAACAUCGUUAAGGUUUUGUACGAGAAGGAACCUUGCACCGUCUUUCAGUGUGUCUGUUCCUGUGUGUCGAGUGCUUUGUACAGACAGCUAGACCGUUUUUAUAAGCUCUCUCUGAGCUCCGCUCCAAUUACUAUGGCUUAUUUAUUGUUUUCCUUAAUAUUUGUGAAAGUCUUACUCCUUUGUUAUGUAGUUUGUUUCUGCACAACUACUGUACUUUUCCACAUGGAAUAAAAACCAUUACUCCAAGUGGGUUGGUGUUCAUUGCUCAGCGGGUAAGCAGACAGGGACACCUCUGCAACGGCUCUCUGCCUCGCUUUAAUGUCACCCUAAAGAGUAAAGAGCAUGUUUAAUAUACCACCAAGCACGCAUUUCAUUUUAAUUUCAGAAGAAGGUGGGAGCUUCUAGAAAUUCCAGAGUAUUCCAGUCUCUAAAUAGUGAUUCUUGCUUAAAUAGAAAAAGCACGGGACGAGCAAUGUGGACUAAUGGCAUCUCUGGCCACAGACGUCUGUCUGUACACUGUAACUGCCAGCGCGCUGUGCCUUCACAGGACAGCUCUGUCUUCUAGCUCAUUUGCAGUAUCUUCCCAUUGAAGCCAUCUGUCUUUAUGCCCACAGGUUUGUCUCAAACCAUGUAAGAAUAGAGAUUGUUUUGGUUGUAUCAUGAUAAAAUUCUUACUUGAAGUAUUUUAUAUUUUUAAUUCAAAAAAAAACUGGAGACUUUCCCAUAUCCAUACUAUAUUCACACUGUCUCCAUGGUUCCCUGUCGUCCAUCCAAGGCCUCCUCCCAUAGCGCCCCCAUGCUUGCUCGAACUCAUGACCCUUCAGUUAUUGUCACACACACAUACCCCCUAACCUGCUAAGUCCAGUUAAUGUUGCUCGGAUGCACAUGCAUUUAGGGCUGACUAGCCCAUUGGGGAGCUGGCCCCUGGAGAAGGUGAACUCUUCAUCUAGAGAAGGAGAUCCUGUGAGAUCUCCCUCAUCACUGUUGACAGGUUUCUGGAUUUUUUUUUAAAGUAUUUUAAAAAUACUUUUUUUUUUUGAGAAUUCCAUACAUGAGUAUAUGACCACUCCCCCAGUUUUCCUCCUCCAACUCCCCUGCAUCCCUGUUGAUCACGUGCCAUCGGAACUCCAUGGUUUGUUUUUAAUAACUUACGCGCAGUUAACGCUGUGCAUGACCUGCAUGGGUAUGGGGCUCUCCAUGGAGCAAGGGAACCUACCACCGGAAACACCUUCCGGAAGAUUCUCCUUCCCUUGGCAGCCAUCACCUCCCAGGAAAGGGUAGCUUGAAAUCUGAAGCUUAAUACUAAUUUAGGUUACUGUUUUGUCGAUGAUGUUGCUUACAAGCCUAAGCCCAGACCUCAACACUAUUUAAAGGUAAGCUACAAGAAUGGGCCAGGAGGGCUAAAGUACGGCUGACAGUUCUCGACCGUCCGGUACAGCGAGCAGCCAGCGUGUGAGGAGAGACUGCGUUAGUGUCAGUUCUGAUUUAGUUUGGUAAAAGACAGUGCAUGCUCAUUAUCCAGGGAAGAAGUGAAACGUUGGGAAGCUCCAGGUCAGAGCCCUGGGCCCCUGGCCCACAGCGUCCAGCAGGGAGUUGUUUGGCAUCUUCUGUUUAUAUAGAAAGUGCUAAACUUUGAAAAUUAAUAGUUUUCAGGCUUUUUUGCUUUAUGAGUACCUAAGAAAUCUAAAAAAAAGAAUGCUUUUAAAUUGCCCUUUCUAGCAGGGACUUUCAGUGAUGUUACCUUUUAUGUAAAAAGCUAGCCAAGCUUCCAGCAAGUGUGUGUGUGUGUAUGUGUGUCCAUAUAUGUCCAUAUAUGUAUAUAUGUGUGUAUGUGUGUGUGUGUAUAUGAGACAAAGAUGCUUUAAUGGUGACUCUCUUCUAAACUAAAAAAAAAAAAAAAUGUUACAAAUAAUUUCUCUCCAGAUUGCAAUGUGAAGCACCACUUUGUAGAACCGAUUUUCACUUGUAUUGCCCACAAUGAAACUGUAAGUCAUGUAGAAUAAGAUAUAUGACCCUCUAUAAUAAUACAUGGAGGAAGGAAGGGGUGGGCCUAUGAAACAAAAGAAAUACAGUUCCACGUCUGACCAGAAGCUCACAAUGCAGUGGUUACAAAGAAAGCCCAUUGCUGUGGCAGCUAGAGUUGGCAAUUUUCUGUAAAGGAACGCACUGUGUGUUUAUGAAAUAAAAAGUAAACGGUGUAUUUA